AUGUUCCAGGGUGCAAUACCCCAGGAGUUCUCAAAAGAUGAAGUUCUGCAUGCUGUUGCAGAGUUUGUCAUAUGUGAUGACCAAUCUCUAGCUGUAGUCAACAAAGCCAGUUUUAGAAACUGUUUGGUCACAAUGCGGCCGGCUGCCACUAAGGUUGAUAUUCCCUCAAUGCACAAUGUUACCAACUACAUACACAAUUCCUUUGUGAAGUUCUUUUCGAAGUUCAAGCUAGAUAUACAGGUAAGGAUUGUUUGUAUCUGUGGGCAGCGCCGCACUACACUGGCUGAAGCUGACUACUAUAUAUAA